AUGCCUCCCUCAUUUUUUUGUUCCAGAACGUCGUUGCUGUUAUUAGCGGGGUCCCUGUCGCUGUUGAGUGGUGCCAGCAGUCAAGGCGACCGAGUGUUUCGAGCGUCGGGAGAAGCUGUUCGAGAAGGAGCCACGAGUCUUUUACCGUUAGAAGCUGAGCCCACCACACGGCUCGCUACUUCUCAAGCCACCACCACCACUCCUACGACACAAGCAGCAGCUACUACAACAACCAUCAAUGACGACGACGUCAACAACGAAUUCCAGGGCAUUCCCGGGACCACACAGACCAACGGUGGCUACGACACGGCCUUGGGAAACAAUCCCAUUUGCUGGUCGGGCCGAGCCGCCGGCAACAACGUGACGGCCAGUGCCGCACAAGAACUGUCCAAGACGGUCUUUCCCAAUCCACUGGUAGAAGAUUUCGUAUUGUUGGGACAGACGGAAAUCCUCAAAAUGUGUCCGUCGGGGAAUGUGCUUUCCGUACAACGACCGACGGAGAGUUUGCAGGGUGAACGACUGCGGACGCAUCGGUACUACAACUACUCGUUGCAUGUGGAAAUCAACCUGGAUACGUUGGGCGGAGACUAUAUUCACACGGACAAUGGAACGGCCACCAUUGCGUUUCAAGUGGUCGUAUGCAGUCUGGGAAAGAGUGGUUUCUGCAGUCCUUUUGUGCACGAGCAAGGUAUGUACAAUACGACGACGGUCCCACUUUUACUGCUGUCAUGCAUGAUCAAUCAAUUUACACUCACCCCGAUUCGACUCAAUUCGACUUCAUUCAUUCUGCCUGCCGUAGCCAAUGUGCGAGAUGCCAUUGAGAAAAACCAGAGCGGUGAAGAGCUCGUUACCACCAAAAAGAAAGUAAAAGGAGAUUUGCACGGUGGAACGCACAUUCAUUCUCCUUGGGUCUAUCUCGACAUGGGCAACAGCCGAACCAUGAGCCAAAAUCUGUCCAUUCCCAUGAUUGUCAAUCACCCCGGCGACUACUUUGUCAUUGGAACGGUACAACUCUACACGGGCAUUAAUGGUUCGGUGGCGUAUCGAUGGGACAUGUCCAACGCACUCGACUCGGGAGAGGGACGAUACAUUCGCUACCAGAAACCGGUCGUAAUCAAAGAGGUGUCCCCCGAAGUGCUCUACAGCAGCUACGUCGCCAUUGCCCUUGCGGGUGUUGCCAUUUGCUUUUUGAUCGCACAAACAAUCUACCACCGAGACGAACAAGUGCUACAGUUGUCGCAAGCUGAUUUCUUGCUUGUUUUCCUCAUCUCUGCGUUAUUGGCAACCGUUGGCUCCUUCCUCUUGGAACCCAAAAAUGACGUCUACUGCCGCGUUUCCAAAUCCAUUGUUAUGAUCCCCAUCCAACUCAUGUAUUCCAUCACCGUCGGGCGUCUCUGGCGCAUCCAUGCCGUCAUCUCUCCUUUACUCUUGGAACAUCUCAACAAGGGAAAACCAGGACUGACGCAACGGUUUGUCGAGGCGCUCACGUUUAUCAGUUUCAAACUGAACAAUCUAUUCAUCAUGGAGAAAGACAAACAACGCAAAAACAGCAGUGGCGUCAAACAGCAGAUUACACAGUUCCAAUUGGCAUUGGUUGUGGGCAUCUUUGCGCUUCCGCAGGUUGUCAUCCAGAUUGUGGCAUUGAUCGUCCAACCACAAAAACGCGUCAUUGACUUCAACAGCGACGAAAGUGUGGGCCGCGCUACAUGCAGCGCUGGUGUCGAUACCGCCAACAACCUCGUCAUGUACAGCUUCUUUCUCCUAGUAGCGCUGGUCAUCAUCUUGCUGUUCAUGGCACAUUCGAGCCGCAAACUGCCGUCGCUCUUCAACGAAACGCAUGUCAUCUACGAUUCUACCUUUCUCAGCAUUGUGCUGCUGUGCUUGGGCGGUGCCAUCAUGGCGCUCACCGACAAUCCCAACACCAGUCCCGACGUGGAGUAUUUGGUUAUGCUCGUGUUGAUUCUUUCCAUCACUCUCAACUCGGCGCUCCGAAUCAUGGUACCAAAGCUCAAAAAGGUGUGGAAAGGUGAUGUUGUCGUUGUCUCGAAACUGGUCACAGAUCAUCACAGGAAGACAAGAGAAAAGCAAGCAGGAAGGGCUUCUGUGAGGGCUUCCGGAAGAGGAUCAGUGACUGGAAUUCAUGUAUCCGGUAUGGAUAUGUCCAACUCCAGAUACGGUAUGGAGAUGUCCCACUCCAGAUACAACAACAACCUCCACGGGAGUUUUGCUAACGGGGACUACGAUUUGGGUCAGACCAAUCGACUCAUCACUACACAUUCAAACAGCUGUGACACCGGCCUUAUGGGCCGUAGGAGCUCAAUGGAUGAAAGCACUAAUUUCAACAGCAGCAAUGGGGAGCAACAACAAUUCCAUGCCAGCAACAGUGAUCCUGAAGGGGCCGACCUUAUCAGCGCUAUGUUGGAGCCUGACGUGGGCACGCCGGUGAUGCUGGAGGACCACCUCGAUGUCGUGAAAGAAGAAGACGAAGGAAUGGCUGCAGCGUCAAAGGAAUGCUUUACUAAGGGCGACAAAAAUGCUGAGCCAGCGAGCUCCACAGAGCUGGAAGCCGAUGUGGAGUCGGGCGGGUCAUCUGAAUCGGCAACAGCAGCAAAGCAACCGCAGGACCAAGCUCCAGCGGAACGUGAUGACAACGACUUACCGGCCGCGGGUGGCGGCACGAUGGACGAUGUCGUGGAUAUAGAGGCAGCGGCCACCUUGGAGAACGGUGCGGGAACGGAUGAUGAAGGUGACGGUAAGAAGCACUCGUUUUUGGAGCAGCGCACAAGUAGUUUCUUCCGGCAUGCCAUGGCGCAGGCAAAGGGGCUUUCAGGACUCUCAGGACUCUCAUCGUGGACACUGUCGCAAAAGAGUUUGAAUCAGAGUGACCACGAUAAAAAGAAUUCUCCAAAGAGGGGCGCAUCUCCAAGGCGAGGCGUUUCUCCAAAGCGAGGUGUUUCUCCAAAGAGAAGCCCACCGCGGAAGGGCAUGCCCAAGAGGCGUCUUGCCACACGCAUUGUUGUCACCGAGGAUGAAACUCCUGCACGCCGUUUGGUGCUGAAGAUGCUGGAUCUUCAAGAUCAGUUGGAAGAGAUCAACAACAAAAUCAUGAGCGGCUUGGCGGUGACACAAGAUGACUGGAAGGUUGUUUCGAAACUAACGUCAAAACUGGAUCGAACCUUCCAGGACGAAGUCGAGUUCGAAUGGGAUGUCGAGAAGAAAUACGAGGACGGUUUAAAGGAAGUCUUGCCAGCAGAUAUGAGUGGUCGUAGCUUGGUCGCGGAUGAGAUUCCCCAAACUAAAACUCGAAGUUCGAGAGCUCCAAGACGCAGCGUUAGCACCCCUUGUGCAAGAUCAGCUUCGCCGGUGGCAAGCCGUUCGAGAGCGACUAUCCGAAAGUCUCAAUCAUCAAAAGUCACCACGACCACAAUCGAAGACAGUGAUCACCGGUCUGUUCGAUCGGCACACAGCUCACCGGAACUGGACAGUGUUACUUUUCAUGGGGCGAGCGACGAUCAAAUGUCGCUUCCACCUGAACUGAAGCCAAUGAUCGACGAUAACCACAACCAAGGAAGGGAGGAGACGGCGGUCAGUUUGUUCUCUGACGAUGGUACGACGGAUGUGGUUUAG